ACUGUUAAGCAAAAUUUGUCUUAUCAGAUAAAAUACAAUAAAGGAUUUGAAUAUGCAAAGAAGAUCAAAGAAAAAGAAAAAAUUCAUAAUAAUAUAAGUGAAUUUAAUAAGAAAAAUCUACUAGGUAUUAGUAAUCCUUAUUUAAUGCAAACAAAAGGUGCUCCUAAAAAAUAUAUAAAAAGCACAUUAGAAAAUAAGACUUCUAAAUACUAUAAUAAAAAGACUGAUAUUAGUAAAGAUAAAGAAGAUAAAUUAGAUUCUGAUAAGCAACUUGAAAAGGCAAUUCGAGUUUCAAGACAAAAUA